CGAAAAAAGAUUGACAGUAUCAAGUGGAGGGAACGCAGGGGGCGGGCUGCAGUGUUAAACGGGAGGGGUAACCGAAGACUCGAGCUCAUUGAUGACGCGACCCUCACGUGACCAGGAGUCGACGUGUGCAGAAGUCCUUAUAGUCCAGGGCCUGUUUCCCUGUAGCAGCUUCCUAUUGCUGGAGGAGAAAAGUGCCCCGGAUCCUUUGAGGACUCUUGGUCUUUUGGGAGCGACCCAAAUCGAGUGAGGGAAGAGGGAGGAAAAUCCCCUGGAUCCCUGCAGGGUUAAUUUAUUCAAAAAGGAAAUAAGAGAAAAAUACUCAACAUGCAAAAGUCUUGUGAAGAAAAUGAAGGAAAAGCACAGAACAUGCCAAAGGCUGAGGAAGACCGCCCUAUGGAAGCUGUACCACAGGAGGCAGAAAGAAAUCCUCGACCUUCUGAAGAAGGUGUAAGCCAGGAAGCAGAAGGAAACCUUAGAGGAGGGCUGACUCAGCCUGGUCAGGGAUAUAAAGAGGACACUCCGGUUAGGCAUUUGGACCCAGAAGAAAUGAUAAGAGGAGUAGAUGAGUUGGAAAGGCUUAGGGAAGAGAUAAGAAGAGUAAGAAACAAGUUUGUGAUGAUGCAUUGGAAACAAAGACAUUCACGCAGCCGUCCUUAUCCUGUGUGCUUUAGGCCUUGAAUUCUUUUUUUUUUGUCUGAUAUUAAAAUCUGGCCCCUGCUUUCUUUCUGUUAGCA